GUUUCCAGUUUCAAAAUACGUAUUCGACAAAUAUUGACGCGACCCUUGCCUUCGUAAAUAUUCUUCAAAAUGCCAAAGCAGAUUGUCUUUCUGCAUCCAGAUCUUGGUAUAGGUGGUGCUGAACGACUUAUAGUAGAUUCUGCAGUCGCUCUAGAGUCAUGUGGCUAUGACGUCAGUAUUAUUACAAACCAUCAUGAUCAUAACCAUUGUUUCGAAGAAACACUACAAUCGAAUUUGAAAGUAACAGUUGUAGCUGAUUGGUUUCCGCGGUCCAUAUUCGGUUAUAUGACAGCAUUAUGUGCCUAUAUUCGCCUUAUACUUGCUACCAUGUACUUGAUCUUGUUUUAUGAAACGAAAGCAGAUUUAACCUUUGUUGAUCAAAUAUCAGCACCUAUCAUCCUGCUACGAGCUUUUGGGUACAAUACAAUAUUCUAUUGUCAUUUUCCAGACUUGCUUUUGACAAGAAAGGAUUCACUUCUAAAGAAACUUUACAGAAUGCCCAUUGAUUAUAUUGAACAAGCAUCAACUGGAAUGGCCGAUAUAGUUCUUGUUAACAGCAAGUUUACAUCUAAUGUUUUCAGAGAAACGUUCACCUCACUUGACCGAGUACAACUGCGCAUUUUGUACCCUAUUGCAAAUUCCAAAAGUUUAUGUCUACCUAUAACAGGACAAUCUCAGGAUAGUUCAUCGUUCAGAUAUGAAUGUCGGGGACAUCUACCACCAGGAGUUAUACCUCAAAAAGCCAAAACCGUAUUCCUGUCCAUUAACAGAUAUGAACGAAAGAAAAAUCUUUCAUUAGCUUUGUAUAGUCUUGAAUAUUUGAUCACACGCUGGAACCAACUUAUCGAUCCAUCAGUAGAGACCAAUCCCGAAAAUAUUCAUUUGAUCAUAGCCGGAGGUUAUGAUCAACGUGUUAGUGAAAAUGUAGAAUAUUAUACAGAACUAGUGGACUUAUCGCAAACAUUAAAAAUCAGCAAUCAUGUUACUUUUAUGCGUUCCUGUUCAUCAGAAAUCAAACCUCUGUUAAUAGCAGCCAGUGAUGCAGUAAUUUAUACACCAGACAAAGAACAUUUUGGAAUCGUUCCUAUUGAAGCAAUGUUGUUGUCUCGCGCAGUCAUUGCGCUGGACUCUGGCGGUCCCAGAGAAACAAUUGUACAUAACUGUACUGGCUUUCUGUGCAAAGUAGAUCCAAUAACUCAGCUACCGGAAAUUAUAGCUAAGUACUUUUCCAAGUUUAUCAAUGAUCCGGAACUUGCAGAUCGUAUGGGCAAGGCAGGAUGUAACCGAGUUGCUGAGAAGUUCUCACCUAUCACCUUCAAAAAGGAAUUACAAACCAUCGUAUCUGAUUUAAUGAAUAGACAACACUAA